AAUAGGCGACGUGUUAAGAGUGGGACAUCACUAAAAAGAGAAAGAGAACCUGCAAUGAGCGCACCGGAUGUGAAGCGCAGCGUCCGGGGUCGCCGUGACAUUGAGAGUCUUGCGGGCUCUGAUGACGACUGGCUGUACACGCUGUCGGGAGAGGAGCGCGACUGGCUGAACGCUAAGAUGUUCCUGCUGUCACGCACCGACCCGGACACACCGAGUCUGUACGAGCACCUGUCCGAGCUGAUAACGCGCUGCCUGGACGUGGACUCGCCGGUCAGUCUGCGUGACCUGGAGGACCUUAGCAGCGCCAUGAAACGGGAGAGACUGGCGGCGUCCAGCGAGCUUCUGAGGGACGGACAGAGGAGGACCGCCACGGAGACGCUCGCAUUCGCGCAGUGGGCCAUGUUAAAGAAGCCACCGCCCCCUGUAGUUGACAUGUCGCCGGAUAUGGAGGAGGAGGAGAAGGCGGCGGAACAGCCUUUCCACGUAAUACCGGACAUGCAGAGGAUCGCAAUGCUCAUGGAGACGGCGGGUGUCGGGCUGCCAAGGGAGGAGUUCGUGAGGCUCGCACUUGCGCUGCGGGAAAUCACCGAGGCUAACACCGCCGUCAAGAGUAUACGGUAUUGGGGCAAGAUCCUUGGAACUAACCACAACUACCAUGUCGCUGAGGCGGAACUCAACGAGGACAGUUACGAAGAUAACGUCAUAGCUGAACAAGAACACGAACAUGAUGAACUCCCCAGCGAACUCAGAGCAAAAGACAGUACAUUACUCGAUGACCUGCUGAUGCCAGAUGAGUUGAAGCCCUCGUACCGUCCGCCUCCCAAGAUUCCGUGUGAGAGGCCGGGGCAGGGUCUCAACCGGAAGAUCUACUACGUCACACGCGAACCUGGGUUCUCAUGGACACGUUUACCACACGUCACACCAGCGCAGAUACAGGUGGCGCGGAAAAUACGAAAGUUGCUCACCGGAGAUUUGGACGCGCAGGUAAUAUCGUAUCCGCCUUUUCCCGGCUUGGAGCGGAACUAUCUGCGCGCCCAGAUAGCGCGUAUCAGUGCCGGGACGCAGGUGUCGCCGCUCGGCUACUUCCGGUUUGACGACGAGGGCGAGGAGGAAGAGGAGCAUGCGGAAGAAACGGGCGACGAAAGAAGCAGAAUCAUUAUUGACCUAGAGUUCGAUGGACUAUCGGCCAGGGACUUGGCGGACCAAGGGCUACAGGCGUGGGUGCACCACUCGGCUGCCAUCUUGCCUCAGGGCCGCACAACUUGGUGGAAUCCCGUGCAGCCUCGUCAUGAGCUAGCCGAGGAUGAGGAGGGGGAGGAGGACGAGGAAGAGCGCCAGGAACCAGACGAACCGGAACCGGAGGCGGGGCCACCGCUCCUCACGCCCCUGGCAGAAGAUGAAAAUGUCGGCGCCAGCCCAGCCUGGGUUGCAUGUCUUAGCUCCAAGUUCGUUCCGGAACACGCAAUUGCGGUGCUGCAGUCGAACACGUGGAAGGGGGCGUACGCCGUGGCAACAGAAAAGGGGAGGUUCUUUGAGAAUAUAUACAUCGGUUGGGGCCUCAAGAACACCGAAACAAGCUUUGAACCGGCACUGCCGGAGGAUCCGCAGCCAGAGUUCCCAAGCGGACCGGAAGUGACGGAACAGGACGACCCGACACCGGAAGAGGAGGCAGCAGUGCGCGCGGCGUUACAGGAAAAAGAACUCGAGGCGGAGUUGGAACAAGGUAUCCGUGAUGAAGAUGACGACGAAGUCGUGGAUGAUGAAGGAGGUUUUGACGAGGAGUGACAUCAUUAAAAGUGUGUGUAAAAUCUGCAACAAGAGAAACCAUGGCAAAGAGCGAGGCAUUUUUUAACAUUUAAUUUGAGCAUUAUAGCUUUACCUUAAAUAUGACGUGUUUGGCAGAUAUACGCGAGUGUGUGUUACUGAUGAACCUAUAUUGUAUAUAACACACAUUAAAUGUGGAUAUCUAUCACAAAAUAAAAA